AUGAUCUAUAUAAGUCCCAAAACCUGCUACAUGCACACUCAAAACUUUUGCUGUGGGUGCUUUGGAUUCAUCAAAAUGUACUGUCUUCUUGGGUGUCUUAGAUGUCUAUUGACACUCUUGAAUUUAAUUCUCUUCAUUAUUUUUGCGGCCAUUGGAAUACUGGGCUUAUUGUUGAAAUUCAGCUACCCAUUCGCCGUCACUCUGAUGGAAAAGCUGGUCUCCCAUUGGCCAGAAAAAAUGCUGGGGGAAGUGGUCCUCUUCCUCCAGUACUACGGCACCAGCCUUGCGCUUGUCUUGAUCAUAAUUGGUUUUCUUGUGGCCCUUAUCGCCCUCCUCGGUGUCUUUGCUCUGUACUGCAAGUACUCAUGCUUUGGAUUCGCUUACAUGGUUUUACUUAUGAUUCUCAUCAUACUUGAACUGGUUCUCAUCAUCUACCUCCUCGCCUUUCCUCAUAAGCUAUACGGAACAAUAUUAACAUUACUUAAUUGUUCCUUUGUACACCUUCGAACCAAUGAUUCCCUAAGUGGACCCAUCCUCGGUUUAUGGGGUGUCGUGGGUAUGGCGAAUGGUAAUUUCUGCUGUGGUCUACACGGACCCUCCGACUUCGAUGGAAUGCCGCCUCCAUUUACAUAUCCACCACCAUGCUGCGGCCUCAAUAUCACCGUGAUUAAAGACCCACCACAUGAUCAAAUAUGUAACAAAACGGAAGCAGAAAGACUUGGCGUCGGAGGGUGCAAAAAAAAGAUUGAGGAUUUCUUGGGUUCGUACAAAGGCUACUACUUAUGGAUCGUUUGCAGCAUUACAGUCUACAAGGUCUUGGUCUUUAUCGUGGUGUGCUGUCUGUACAAGUGGUGGAUAUGGCAUUAA